UUUUAUGUUGACUAGGUACUACUAGUCAGUCAGUCAGUAAGUCCUGAGAAAAGUGUGAAUUAACGGGAUCUGGCUAUUGUACUUUUUUGAUUGUGAUUAUCAACAGAUACUCAGAAACCAAUACACUUGAUAUCAUACAUGUAUAUAAAUAGAUAAUUCUUAUGAAAGGAAUUUUAGUUAUAAUAUAAAGCGAAAGAAGUUUAAAAAAUCUUUAUUAAUACAGUGAUUUGAAAUAGUGCCAUCUAAUGUUGCUUUUAUUUAAAUUAUUCUAACUUUUUAUUCAAAGACUAUUUUCUUUUAUUCAGUGGUUAUAUUUACAGCUUUAUACAUGUAUUAUUGAUUGUGAUGGGAACGGGUGAUAGAUUACUCGAUAUAUUGUGUGUAGUAUGUGGAGAUCGCAGUUCAGGAAAACAUUAUGGAAUUUAUAGUUGUGAUGGGUGUUCGGGCUUUUUUAAACGAAGUAUUCACAGCAAUAGAGAAUACACAUGCAAGGCCCAAGGAAUACUAAAGGGAUGCUGUCCUAUUGACAAGACACAUCGAAAUCAAUGUCGAGCUUGUCGUUUAAAAAAGUGUUUUGAUGUAUGUAUGAAUAAAGAUGUAUUUUUCUGUGUAGCGGUACAGCAUGAAAGAGGACCACGAAAAGCAAAACAGCAACUUUCGAAUUCAGAUAAUAGCAAAAGUAAAUUCGAAAUUAGAGAAAAAAUAUCCUCCUCUUUUAUAACAGCCGAAUAUAAAGAGUCUCAUCUUGAUCAGCAGUGGAGGUAUGCACCGUAUUUAAGAACGAUCCAAAAAUCAUUGGAUGGUCCAUUAUUAAAUUCAUCACUUAAUAUCUUACCAUCAAUCUCAUCUGCAUUAUACCAGAAUGGUAAUUCAUCGUCAAAAACACAGUGCUCUUUAAUUCGUCUAAUAAUUGCUGCUGAAAAAUGCCAGGAAAUGCACUGGAAUGCACAAUCACAUACGGACAUCAGCUUUAUGGUCAGUCUUGCAAAUUCAGAUGACAACUCAAAUCAAACAAACAUAUUCUCAGUUAAUAGCUCUACUUCAACAUUACUUCAGGAAACCACUGCCAAAUUAUUGUUUAUGGUUGUACAAUGGAUAAAAGAUAUAACGCCUUUUCAAGAUCUAACAGAGAAUGAUCGGCGUAUGUUACUGGAAGGAACAUGGGCUCAGUUAUUUCUCAUUCAUCUUGCUCAAUGGUCGAAAUCAUGGAAUCUUAUAUCAUUAUUAGAUAACGAAAACGUAUACAAAGAAACACAAGAUAAUGAAGCAAUUCGCGAACUUAUUACUAUUAAGAAAAUCGUGGGCCUUUUUAAGGAACUAACACCAGACGGAAAUGAAUGUGGCUGUCUUAAAGCUAUCGCCUUAUUUACAUCAGAUUUGGCAAAUCUUGAUGCACCGAAAACUAUCGAUUCGCUUCAAUUGGAAGCUUUAUAUUCAUUUUACGACUAUACAACAUCACGAUAUGUGCAUGUAAAAUUUUUGGGCCUUCUUCGCAUCCUCUUUCUUCUAAGUCAUGUGAAAUCAAAAACAGUUGAGUUACUGUUUUUUCAAGACACAGUUGGACACAUACCAAUUGCUCAUUUAUUAAAUAAUAUGUAUAAAACAGAUCAACGAAUUUAUCACAAUUAAAUAAAAACUGAAACUUAUUAUAACCUCAGUAAAUUAUACCAAUAGUUAUAUUUACAAAACCUAUGAUAAUAAAUAAAUAUCUUUGUA